AUGACCAUGAAUCUUCUGCAAGAUUGGUGCAAGGAGCUGGAAGUGGAGGUUCACAGGGCCCUGCUGAUCACCGGCAUCCCUGAGCGCCUGCAGCAGGCGGACAUCGAAGCCACUCUGAGGCCGAACUUGCAACCCCUGGGCAACUACAGGCUUCGGACUGUGAGAGCAGUGACCAAGGAAAAGGCUCAGGCCGCCUUGGUGGAGUUUGGGGCAGAUAUCGAUCACUCUGCCAUCCCCAUCCACAUCCGGGGAGAUAAUGGUAUCUGGAAGAUCCUGAGUAAGGACCGCGGGCAAGAUGCGCGGGUCCUUAGGCAGAUGAGGCGCCUGUUGCUCGAUGAACGGCCCAUGGAUGACUUCAGAGAAAUAGCUAUCCCUCUGGUAUUGGAGGCCCAAGCCCAGGCCAAGGGGUUGGGGAAGGAGGCCAAGAAGGCUGCCUCCUCCGAAGGGGCAGCCAGGAACGGCCGUCGGGGCCGUCGGGGAGGCAAGCGCAGAUCUAGAACCCACACGUUUACGGCUCAGAAGGGCAAGAAGAGGGGCCGGGGAGGGCGCCGAGCCAGGAGUGAGUCCGAAGACUCAUCUGAUGACAGCCUGGGCAUUGUCAUAGAGGAGAUCUAUGCAGAGGACCUGAGCAUAGACGAGGACCAGAGGGCCCUGUAUGCCACGCUCCAAGCAGCCGCCAAAGAACUCACCAAGAAGUGGGCCUUCCGGGGAGACCAGGACGAAGGAGAUGGCCCCCGAGAGUUUUUGGCACUUGUCACUGUCACCGACAAAGCUAAGAAGGAAGCGAUCGAGAAAGACCUUCCUGGGACAGAGUCCAUCUGCCUAAACAUCAAAGAUGAAAAGAGUGGAGUCCCUGAUUUAGUUGCGCUCCUGGCUGUAAGAGAUACCCCGGUCGUGGAUGUAGAUAGCGAGGGGGAGGAUGAAGAUGAAGAGGAAGAAGAUGAGGAAGCUGAUGAUGAUGACGAUGAUGAUGAUGAUGAUUCCGACAGCGAGUCCCUGGAAAAUGGAGAGCGAGGAAAAGAAGGGGUGGACCACCCCGAGUUUGUGGCUAUCGUGGCUUAUACUGACCCCGCUGACCCCUCUGCCAGAGAGGAAAUGCUAAAAAUCGCUUCUGUGAUCGAGACCCUAGGCUGGGGCGAUAAAAAAGACAAAAAAGAUGUCCUUCCUCAAGUACUGUCCGUCAUGUCCAAGGACACCUCCGGGCCCAGAGUGAAGGUAGAGGAAGCAGGCCGCCAGGUGGACGCCAUGGUCCUGAGGAAGGCGGAGGAAGAUGGGAAUCUUCUGGAAUGUAUUUCUACCUUGGCCGAAGCAGAGAACUGCCCCAAGGGAAAGAAGUCUGGUCUUGGUCUCCUCAGAGGCUGGACCGCUGAGGGCCACCAGGGUGGCCUCUUGGAGCUGGUGGCACUCCUGGCUGCGCAGGAUAUGGUGGAAUCUGUGAAAGAGGAAGAAGCCGGCAGGUGGGGCAAUGGUGGCAGUGGUGGCAGGAAGUGUGAUCACAGCCAAAGUUGCUUAUCCGAUGUCCUGGCUUUCCUGGCCUCCCAGGAGACUCUAGAAUCCAACGAGGAUUCGGACGAGGAUUCAGACACAGAAUCGGAGGGAGAUUCCGACGACACUGACAGUUCUGAAGAGUCAGAACCUGGAGACAGCGUGUCCAAGAAGCCUCGCGCCAAGAGAGCGCGUACCGGCUCCAAAAGCCUGGCUCCUGCCGGUGCCACCGCGGUCUCCACCGCAUCCAGGGCACGCAAAACCCGCAGGGGUGGCCGAGGUCGUGGCCGGGGCGUCACUCCAGAGAAGAAAGCCGGGAGCGGGGCUGCACCAGAAGACCACGCCGGGAACAAGAAGAAGAAGGGGUCUGCAGGCGCCGGGGCCCGUGCCAGGGCUGGUGAAGCCAAGGGACAGCCAGCUGCUGUUCCCAAGUCUACCCGCGGGAAGAAAGCUCGUCGGGGCCCAAGGCGGGCGCCCAAAUGCCGUUAGUGCCACAGAUGCCACUACGACGAGCCCUGUCUCUUGUGUGUGGACCCCUUUUCCCUCCUACUAUUCUCUCUCUUCCCUGCGUCCCCUCUCGCUUAACCGCGUGCAUUUGCUUUGUGUUCUGCUGCGUCCCUGGCUGGCUAUGACCGGUGCCCAGCCUUCCCUCUUAGUUCCAUGAACAGAUGGCGUGAGCGAUCGUGAUGGCCAAAGCCUUGAUACGACAAAGAAAAAAGAAA